AGCUUCGUUAGUUCUGCCAUAAUAAUCUCCAAACAUUUUCUCGAUAAAAUAGAUUAUUAAUUUUCUCGAGAAUGUUUGUUGAAACUGUGAUUCAACUCUCUCAGUUCAUUGCCGAAUCCGUCAUUAUCGUCUCUGUAGCCGUCUUCACUCUCCGUCUCUUCUAUAGAUUCGCUUGUUUCCUCGCGAGCCGUUCUUGGCGUCGUUACCGUACAUUCACGGUCCAUCAUCGCCGGAGAUGGAGAAAAACCACAGCCGAGGAAAAACAUUCAUCACCGUAUUGUACGAUUUGUCUCGAAAAUGCGACGGAGGGAGAAAAGAUGAGGCGGAUAGCAGCAUGCAGUCACUGUUUCCACGUCGAUUGCAUUGAUCCGUGGUUGGAGAAGAAGUCCAUGUGUCCUUUGUGUAGAGCUGAGAUCCCGCCGGUCCCGCCGGGAAAUCCUCUGCGCGCGCUUUUUAUUCCUCCCGGCGUGAUUGAGAUGUUCACCAAAGGAAUCGACUCCGACGCGUAGGAGUACUGCUUCUCUUUCGUCAUCUCAAACUUUUUAGACAAAAUAUUAAUCCGUUGAAUUAAUAUUUGUUUAUCAAAAAUAAUAUUUACUGUACGUAUAAUUCGCCGAAUGAUAAAGAGUUU